GCCGGUUACGCUGAAAGGCUUCUACAAUAAAUGUCACGGCCAAGGUCAUUUAGAGCUUGCCUGGUGCUACGAUGGUAUAAAAGGGCAGGCAGCUACAAGCACUGCACUAGUUCCAGCCUAAUCACUCAACAUGAAGUUUCUGAUCAUCGCCUGUGUGGCCGCCGUGGCCGUCGCCGCCCCUCAGUACAGCUAUGGCGCUCCCCGUGCUGCGUCAAGCGAGGAGGUCGAGUUCGUGCCAAUCCUCAAGGACGACCGCGUCCACGAGGAAGAUGGAACUUACAACUUCGACUUCGAAGCUGCCAACGGCAUCAGCUUUUCCCAGUCUGGAUCCCCCGACGGUGAUGAGGACGCUGUGAUCAAGGCUGGAGAAUACUCAUACACUGCUCCCGAUGGCACUGAAAUCCAUGUCCGUUUCGUGGCUGACGAGAACGGCUUCCAGCCUCAGGGCGCUCACCUCCCAGUAGCUCCCGAGUUCCCCCACCCAAUCCCUCAGUUCGUCCUCGACCAGAUCGCAAAGGCCGCCGAGGAGGACCGCAACCGCAGCGACGAAUCCGACGAAGUUUCCGCUCCUUCCAGACUUUAUGGCCGACCCAACUAAAUCGAUAUGAAAUGUGUAUUUAUUAUCUCUGAUUAAAAGAUCUUUCAUACAAAAA